AUGAGUAACUCCAGGAAUAACCGGGUGAUGGUGGAAGGGGUCGGGGCCCGCGUAGUGCGCGGCCCGGACUGGAAGUGGGGAAAGCAGGACGGCGGCGAGGGCCAUGUGGGCACGGUCCGGAGCUUCGAGAGCCCCGAGGAGGUGGUGGUGGUGUGGGACAACGGCACGGCCGCCAACUACCGCUGUUCCGGGGCCUACGACUUGCGCAUCCUGGACAGCGCGCCCACGGGCAUCAAGCACGAUGGAACCAUGUGUGAUACCUGCCGCCAGCAGCCGAUCAUUGGCAUUCGGUGGAAGUGUGCGGAGUGUACAAAUUAUGACUUGUGCACCGUUUGUUAUCAUGGAGAUAAACAUCAUUUAAGGCAUCGCUUUUAUAGAAUUACCACACCAGGGAGUGAGCGGGUUCUGUUAGAGUCUCGUAGAAAAUCGAAGAAGAUCACGGCCCGAGGGAUCUUUGCAGGUGCCAGAGUGGUACGAGGAGUGGACUGGCAGUGGGAAGAUCAGGAUGGAGGAAAUGGACGCAGGGGAAAGGUAACAGAGAUCCAAGACUGGAGUGCAUCAAGCCCGCAUAGCGCAGCCUACGUUCUCUGGGAUAAUGGUGCUAAGAACCUGUACAGAGUUGGCUUUGAGGGCAUGUCUGAUCUGAAGUGUGUCCAGGAUGCCAAAGGAGGUUCUUUCUACAGAGAUCACUGUCCUGUGCUAGGUGAGCAGAAUGGCAACAGAAAUCCUGGCGGACUGCAGAUCGGUGACCUGGUCAACAUAGAUCUUGACCUUGAAAUUGUACAGUCUUUGCAGCACGGUCAUGGCGGAUGGACUGAUGGCAUGUUUGAGACCUUGACUACAACUGGAACAGUUUGUGGAAUUGAUGAAGAUCAUGACAUUGUAGUACAGUAUCCAAGCGGCAAUAGGUGGACCUUCAACCCUGCUGUUCUCACUAAAGCAAACAUUGUCCGAAGUGGGGAUGCUGCGCAGGGUGCAGAGGGAGGCACCUCUCAGUUUCAAGUGGGUGAUCUUGUCCAAGUUUGUUAUGAUCUGGAGAGAAUUAAACUUCUACAGAGAGGACAUGGAGAGUGGGCAGAAGCUAUGCUCCCAACUUUAGGUAAAGUUGGCCGAGUGCAGCAGAUUUAUUCAGACAGCGAUUUAAAGGUGGAAGUAUGUGGAACAUCUUGGACGUAUAAUCCAGCGGCGGUUUCCAAGGUGGCGUCCGCAGGAUCAGCCAUUAGCAACGCGUCUGGUGAAAGACUCUCCCAACUCUUGAAGAAAUUAUUUGAAACCCAAGAAUCUGGUGACCUCAAUGAAGAAUUAGUUAAGGCUGCUGCCAAUGGAGAUGUUGCUAAAGUGGAAGAUUUGCUAAAAAGACCAGAUGUGGAUGUGAAUGGACAGUGUGCUGGUCACACAGCUAUGCAAGCUGCUAGUCAGAAUGGACAUGUUGACAUUUUGAAGUUACUUUUGAAGCAAAAUGUGGAUGUAGAAGCAGAGGAUAAAGAUGGUGAUAGAGCAGUUCACCAUGCCGCUUUUGGAGAUGAAGGAGCUGUUAUAGAAGUGCUGCACCGAGGCAGCGCUGAUCUGAACGCCAGAAACAAGCGCAGGCAGACACCGCUUCAUAUUGCUGUCAAUAAAGGUCACCUUCAGGUGGUGAAGACGUUACUGGACUUUGGCUGUCAUCCCAGUCUUCAGGAUUCUGAAGGCGAUACUCCUCUUCAUGAUGCAAUAAGUAAGAAGCGUGAUGACAUCCUGGCAGUUCUUCUAGAAGCUGGAGCAGAUGUUACCAUUACGAACAACAAUGGGUUUAAUGCUCUACACCAUGCUGCACUGAGAGGAAACCCCAGCGCAAUGCGUGUUUUACUGUCUAAAUUACCGAGACCAUGGAUUGUGGAUGAGAAGAAAGAUGAUGGUUAUACUGCCUUGCAUCUGGCAGCCCUUAAUAAUCAUGUAGAAGUGGCUGAACUGUUGGUGCAUCAGGGUAAUGCAAACCUGGACAUCCAGAAUGUGAACCAGCAGACGGCCCUCCACCUUGCUGUGGAGCGGCAGCACACCCAGAUUGUGAGGCUUUUGGUCCGUGCAGGCGCCAAGUUAGAUAUUCAGGAUAAGGAUGGGGACACUCCUCUGCAUGAAGCCCUGAGACAUCACACUCUGUCUCAGCUGCGUCAGCUUCAAGACAUGCAGGAUGUGGGGAAGGUCGAUGCUGCCUGGGAGCCAUCCAAAAACACGUUAAUAAUGGGACUUGGUACCCAGGGGGCUGAGAAGAAGAGUGCGGCAUCUAUUGCCUGUUUCUUGGCGGCUAACGGUGCUGACCUUAGCAUCCGAAAUAAGAAGGGUCAGUCGCCACUUGAUCUCUGUCCUGAUCCAAGUCUCUGCAAAGCCUUGGCAAAGUGUCAUAAAGAAAAAGUCAGUGGUCAGGUGGGUUCUCGAAGUCCUUCUAUGAUUAGUAAUGAUUCUGAAACCUUAGAAGAGUGUAUGGUGUGCUCUGAUAUGAAGAGAGACACUCUGUUUGGCCCGUGUGGGCACAUCGCUACCUGUUCUCUGUGUUCCCCACGAGUCAAGAAAUGCCUCAUCUGUAAAGAGCAAGUUCAGUCCAGGACCAAGAUUGAAGAAUGCGUGGUAUGCUCUGACAAGAAAGCAGCUGUUCUUUUUCAGCCGUGCGGACACAUGUGUGCUUGUGAGAACUGUGCCAGUCUGAUGAAGAAGUGUGUGCAGUGUCGGGCGGUGGUUGAACGAAGAGUGCCCUUCAUCAUGUGCUGUGGAGGGAAAAGUGCAGAGGAUGCCACCGAUGAUAUCUCCAGUGGGAAUAUUCCGGUGCUGCAGAAGGACAAGGAUAAUACCAACGUCAAUGCGGACGUGCAAAAGCUGCAGCAGCAGCUACAGGACAUCAAAGAACAGACAAUGUGCCCUGUGUGUUUGGAUCGUCUGAAGAACAUGAUCUUCCUUUGUGGCCAUGGGACGUGCCAGCUAUGUGGAGACCGGAUGAGUGAAUGUCCCAUCUGUCGAAAAGCUAUCGAACGGAGGAUUCUUUUGUAUUAACUAAGAAACCCCCUGUGUUCUGUUAGCUAAAAUAUUUUGGCCAUGAGAUCUUAAUGAGCUUUUUAAGCUAGUUGAAGGUUCUAAUGAAUUAAUUUUUAAUUUCAUAGUUUCUUUACUGGAGUGUAAUUAGGCUCUAAACAUACCAGAACAACUACAACAAAAGAACUCUACAAAACAGUGUUUGAAGCUGUGUAUUUUGUUUUUUGUUUUCCUAUCAAUUGAAACAUCAAAUCCGUGUAAUUUAUAUAUAAUUUGCCUUCUGCAUCUAAGGGAGAAAGUCCUUUAAGGGUCUUCUCUUAUUUUUUGUUUUCAUUGCAUUUUCUCUCAUAGUUUAUAAACGUUGUUAGACCUCAAAAGAUAUACUUCCUUUUGGUCAGCUGUCUUUCAGUUUAUCAUGAUUUUUACAGUGAGUUGACACAGGUACCCAGAAAGGUCAUGCAUCAUAUGAAAGGUGCAAAUCAAACCAUUAUGUUUCAUAUGUUAAACGAUAAAAUUAUAGUACAAGUUCUGCAUGGUUAAAGGAAUACUGAAGAGAGGAUUCUCCUUAUAAGGUAACAUAAAGUUAUCCAAAUGAUUGUCUCUAAAUUCUUAGAGUAAAUGGAAAUACAGAAUGAGAGAAUAGUGACUUUGCAUUUAGCUUAUUUUCUGGAUUCAAAGGAAAAUUGUUUCAUUUGUUUCAAAAUGACUGAGACAUAAAAAGUAAAAAUAAGCAAUCACAGUGGGGAAUUGAAGGCAGGACAGGUGGGGGCAUCCAAUAAAAGAGUGCCUAUUAACUGUUAUAAUUGCCCUUCUUACAUUAAUUUUUACACUGUUUUGUUCAGCCAGCUUAUAAAAAAAUGACUCUGAAAAAUGGGCCGCAGUUUCCCCUGUGGUUACUUAUUCAGGCUUGAUCUGAGCAGUGAAAUGGUAUCACCCUGUUUGGGCCCCCAGGGUUCAGUUUAACUUUUCCGAUGUGUGGAGUAGCAGUAAUCCGGGAAGGGAAAAGCACUGUCCUCAGUAAGGCAAUGGUCCUUUCUCCUCUGCCUCAGUUCUGCCAGUGUCACUGUUUCUGUCUUCCUCAGAGGUCUCGCUUCCAUUAUCUUUCAGAUAGUAGCGCUGACUAUAAAGAAAACAGUCUCUCAUCAUACCUAGCAAUGGGGAUGUUAUUUAACCUGCUGGCAAUAUCCAAGACCUUGUAAAUAACCGAUGAUAGACACUUAAUUUAGAAAGAAUGAUUAGGACAUUUACAGAAAUAUGUCUGAUUAUCUGUGUUUUUGUGUUGUUUUACUCUGGAGCAUCUAAUUAUUUUUUUCUCUUUCAACAUCUGGAAUGAAUAUACACAUAAGUAAGUGUUUUGGGGUUCAUUGCUGCUAGAUUGUACAAAUAUCAGCUGUUUACAGUAGUAUCUACUAUAUGUGUAUAAGUUUACUCCUAAGGAUAAGUAUCUUUUUUGUGGGUUUUUCCCCUUUGACUCUGGUUCUUAUUUUAGUUCUCCUGCUGCAACGAUUAAAUUUGAAAGGUCUCUAGCCCUGAUAAUAUCAUGUUUCUGGCUCAUUAAUGGCUGCUGCCUCUGCAAGUCCUGGUGAGAGCAGUGGUGCACUUUGCUGCCUUUCUGGUCUUGGUAAUUCCAUAUCUGUGUUUAGUGGAGUGACUUACCAUUUAGAACAGUAAAAAUUUUUAUAAAUUUGAAAUUUGAAAAUUUAUAUUAACUCUCCUCAGUUACCUAAUAACAGGCUACUGAGGCUGUUGUUGAAGCCAUAUUUUGAAGUUAUAAAAAGAUAGCACAUCUGUCCAGUGAUGUUCACUUAAAGAGACAAGACUAUUUUCUUUCAGAUCUGUAAACAGUGUAAGUUAGGGGUUUCCUUCUCUUUCAUACCGAGUGCUGCCCAUCUCUUUUCCACAAGGUUGAUUAUAAGGAGGGAGCGCCUGGCUGACUCGUGCAUAGCUUGACCAAACAGAGAAUUGUAUAGUCCGGAGCUUUACUUCACUUAAAUUCUUGUUACAGAUCUUCUGAGCUACAGUGCGUAAGCUUACAUCCCUAAAAGGCAGUUUCAUCUUCCAGACUAGCUUAUUUCCUCCAUAUUAAAAAUAUAAUAACCUGUAAACUAUUAUAAAAGUCAUAAAGUCACUGUAACUGUAGUGUUGUACACUUGUGGAUUUUCUCCAUUUGUACCACUUUGAAAUUUGUCUAGUGAAAAGAAAACGUUUUUUCAUUCAUGUUUUUAAGCACCUGAAAAAUAAUUUUAAAUUUAUUUUUGAUUUGUGAGAGAGAAUAAGUUUAAGAACUUCAUUGUUUAAGUGACUUUCCUCUAAUUCUAUGAAACUGCUACCUCUUAAUCAUACGUCUCAGCAGCGCUCCCCGUUAGGAUGUGUCCUUGUCAUGAUCAUCUUUUUAUCUUGUGCCUUGAAGGAGUUUUUGCUUUUCCAAGAAUCGUUGCAGGGGAGGUGGUGCGGAACCACCAAAACUGACAUGCAUUCACUCAAAAACGUAUUUAUUGGGCUUCAGGAGCAAGAUACACAACAGUGAAAAAAUUGCCAGCUUCUAAGCACAUACAGAAUUUAUCAUGCAGCCGUUGCGUAUUUGAAGUAUUCUUUUCAAAAAGAAGGGAUCUAAAGAUACUGAUAACAUUUCUUCCUAAUGUUUUGGAAGAACUGUCAUUAGGGUUCCCUCUCUGUGCCCUCUCACCUCUACCAUAGUUUUCUUUUAUCCUAACAUUGUCAGCUUACCAGAUGGUGCUAUUCUAAUAGUUUUCUUUCCCAUAAUUUAACAUUCUUACUGUUUAUACCAUAAGCAUAUUUCAUUUUGUUGGGAGCAGGGAAGUUUUUCAAGAGAAGAUCAUUUUGUUGUAUUAGUAUUGGAAUAUUAUAUUACACAAGUGUUUUAGUUUAGCUGGCCAAAUUAUGCUUGGUUAUUUGUAAAUUUAAACAUUGCAGAUUGACCAUCUAGCUACUGAGGCAUAAAAUUAAUUGAUAAUGUUGAAAAUAACUUUCCUAAAUUUAUGUUUUUGAUGGCUUUAGCCUGUAAGAGCAUUUAGCAUAUUGCAAUGCAUGCUGCUUAAGAUUUGUCCAAUUCAAAUUUCAAAGCUUGCUAGGUCAUUUUUACAUGGCAGAAAUAGACGGUCUUGUGUUGUAGUGUUAUGUGUUGCCCAGUGCUGUUUUUUGUUUAUUGUGAAUUUUGGACCCUUUUGGACUAAGAAUUAUUUAAACUUAUGAACUUGGAGAAUUGGUGAUGAAAUUGGAUAGGGGGGAUGAUAGGGAUUGCAGCAAUUAAAAAAAGAAAAAGUCAGUUUUUGAGUUUAGAGAAAAAUUGGGAUCAUGUAGAUUUUAUCAAA